AAAAAAACACAAACCCCUAAUUUUUGUCUGUUGUUGUUUCACUUCCUCUUUCUCCUUCAAGCUUUCGUAAAUCCUUCGGCCAUGGCGCACGGAGGUUAUGCCAAGAGAAGGGUCUCGGAACCGAAACAUACUGCGGGAAGCAGCAGCAGCCGGAGGUCGAAAGGAUUGCGUGUGGAGAAGAAACCUAAGAUUGUCUCUCUCAAGAAUCAGAUUCGUUCCGUCGAACGCUUCCUUCGUAAAGAUUUGCCUCCUGAAGUAAAAGAGACUCUAAAACAGAAGUUGGAGUAUUUGAAGAAGCAGCAAGAUGACCAUACUCGUCUUGCUGUAGAGCGUAAAAUAUUCCUCAGGAACAGGAAGAUUAAGUUCUUUGAGCGGAGAAAGAUUGAAAGGAGCAUUAGACGUCUUGAGAAGCUGCAACGUACUUCAUCUGCUCAUGUGGGAGAUGCAGAUAUAGCUGAGCAACUCAGUAAACUCAAAGAAGAUCUUGAAUAUGUUAGGUUCUUCCCCAAAAAUGAGAAGUAUGUUUCUCUGUUUACUGGAGCCGAGGAUUCAGACGUGAUUGAGCGAAGAAGUAAAAUGCGGAAACAGAUCAAAGCCAAUAUUAUUGUUGCCGCUGCUAGUGGAAAAGAGUUAGAAGAGACAGGUAGUGAAGAUGAUGGUCUUCUGGACCUUAGUGAUGAUGAUUUCUUUGAUAAAGGGAGUUCAAGCGAUGAAGCAGACGCGGAUGAUGAAUUGACCGAUAAAAGCACAAAGGAGGCUGCUUCUAGUGCUUCUGGUAGAGCAACAUCUGGCAUGUCUAGUGAUGAAAGGAACCAGAAGCAAAACUCUGCUAGGGCAUUAAUGCCACCACCACAAGCAAGGUUUGGAUCAAAUCCUAGGAAGAAUUCAUUUGUGCAGAGGAAUGAGAUGCCAUCAUCCUCAAGAAACACUUCAAACAGAAGAAGUGAGUCUUCACAUAAUGCCAGGGCUGCUGCCGCAACUUCAUAUAGCAGUCAGAGUAGCAACUUGAGCUCCAAUUCUGAUGCUCAUAAACCCAAAAGGAAGAGACGGCCUAAGAAGAAGAAGCAACAGGCGUGAUCGGGUUCUCGGCUUCUCCAAACACACACUAGAAACUCUUAUCAGUUCUGUUUGAUUCACUUGCUUGCUAAGGUCUCUCUGCUGGGAUCUAAUGCAGAUAUAUAUUAUAAUAUAUACAUUUUGGUGUGGUCAUGAAUGCAGAGAGACAAGUGUCUGUUGCUUUUGGAAUAUGAAAUGGAAACCCUACAAACUUAUGGGUAUAAACUCCCUUUUGAA